AUGCAGUUCUAUGUCUCUCGCCUCCUCCUGAUGGUGACACGGGCUGCCCUGCGGGUGUCAGGUGUUCUUUUCUGGAUCUUGGUAUAUGUUGCCUCUCUCUUGGCAGCUGUCUCCUACCUUCCUGAUGCCUUGAAGCUUAUAGCCAGAGGACCAUUCAAGGCGUUUUACUGGAAGCAACGCAGGACUGCCCCCUCCUGUUUAACAAGCAGCAAUCAUGGGCAGCAUGGAUACAUCCGGAUAAAGAGUUCUGGGAUGCGCUUCCAUUAUGUGGCAUCUGGAGCAAAAGGAAGCCCAUUGAUGCUGUUCCUACACGGCUUCCCUGAAAACUGGUACUCCUGGCGGUACCAGCUGGAUGAGUUUUGCCAGGAUUAUUGGGUUGUCGCGGUUGAUCUCAGAGGGUUUGGGGGUUCAGAUGCGCCUUCUGAAUUGCUGGAUUACAAAAUGGAGACUCUUCUGCAGGAUGUUGAAGAUCUCAUUACAGGAUUUGGUUACUCGAGCUGUGUUCUGGUCGGCCAUGACUGGGGGGGUACCUUGGCAUGGACAUUCGCAGUCCGUCACCACAACAUGGUUUCUCGUCUCAUAGUUAUGAAUGCGCCUCACCCGUCAGCCUUUCAUGAUUAUGUUCUGUCUCAUCCAUCUCAGCUAUUCUUAUCCCGCUACGUCUUCCUAUUCCAGUUACCUGUCCUACCUGAAAUCCUGCUGUCUUUGGCUGACUUUGAGUACAUUAGGAGACCUCUGGUGGAUGACUCAAUGGGAAUCCAGAAUAAGCAGCGGAGACUCACCAGUGAAGAGACUGAGGCGUUUAUAUAUUACUUGUCUCAGAAAGGAGGCAUGACACCCCCUCUUAACUACUACAGGAAUCUUUUUGGGUUCUUUCCAGUGAAAGCCCAGGACGUACUUGUCCCUACAUUGCUGCUCUGGGGUGAGCUUGACGUAUUUCUAGAAGCAGCAAUGGUCCCAGAGAUGAGGCAGUAUGUCCAUGCUCCUUUUCAGGCUGAGAUUAUACAACAUGCCAGCCACUGGCUACAGCAAGAUUGCCCUGAAGAGGUCAACAGGAUCAUGAGGGAUUUUUUAAGCCAAGAGAUGCCAAUGUCUACACACCAUGGACAUAUAUAA